AUGGCAAUGGAUCUUCAACCGCUUCAUGCUCUUUGCAAUGAACACUGUAACUGGGAAGUUCGCUCGAUUAUUCUUCAACUCUCUGAAACACUGCAACAGACCGAGCAAGAAUCCAUCAACCUUGUGUCCAAGGUCAAGAGUCAUGUCAUUGUCCCUUCAGAAAGAUUUCAACCUGCAGAGGAUAAGGGCCAUAUCCUCUGGUUUCCAUCAACAUUGACCAUUGCCAAUGGCAGGUCAUCCAUCAAUUACCACUUGAAUGAUGCCAAUGGCAGCUCAUCCAUCAAGAAGCUUUUGAACCAUGCCCUCCAACAGUGUUCAUGUUCAGAUCCAGUUAAGGAAAAACAAAACCAAGAACAAUACACGGUUCACAUUUUCCUUUCCAUGCGCCAAAAGAGCAAGAGUAAAGGAUGCACCACUGGUGAGUGCUGUUAG